AUGACAAUCACCUUCCCAAAAGAGUUCAUUGGUGAAGACUUGGACGUAUGCACCCUGGCGCUGGUAGUCCCGGAUGUCAAACCCGGAUUCUACUCCCCAGUCCUAAUUGGGAUGAACACCCUGGAGCCAUUGUAUGAACAGCGCCUGGAGAGUGAAUGUGCCAGCUACCAACCAUCUCAGCACGGCUACAGAGCAGUCAUACAGUUACUCCAGCUGCGGCACCAGCAGACCCAAAGAGCCAGCGAUGGUGUUGUGCGAUUGGCCAGUAAAUCCCCAGUCCAAAUUCCAGCAGGCCACACCCUGGUUGUUGAAGGGUCCAUCCAUGCCAGUCCACCACCUGUCUGCAAAUAUGCUCUAAUCGAACAACCAGCCACGCCACUGCCUGGAGGCCUCUGUGUAAAAAGCUGCCUAGUAACACUGCCCAGCCACUCUUCACACAAGAUUCCAAUCUUCAUCACCAAUGAAUCAAAACAGACCAUCACACUCCAGCCACUGAGUGUCAUCUCUGAACUCACAAUGUCACCCCAGAUCCUAUCACACUCCGUUUCCACUAAUACACAGCCAAAAGAAGUCAAGUUGGAGUUUGACUUUGGAGACUCUCCAAUUCCUCCAGAGUGGAAAGCCAGAAUCAUCUCCAAGCUUGAACAAAUCCCUGACGUUUUCUCCCACCACGACUUGGACUUCGGACGCACCGACCGUGUCAGACAUCACAUCCGCCUCCAUGACGACACUCCCUUCAAACACCGAGCUCGUCCCAUCCACCCUCGUGACAUCGAGGCAGUCCGUGACCAUCUGCGGGACCUGUUGGAGACAGGGGUAAUACGUGAGUCGGAGUCCCCCUUUUCAUCACCAAUCGUGGUCGUCCGGAAGAAGAACGGAGACGUGAGGCUGUGUAUUGAUUACCGGAAACUCAACCUCCACACCAUCAAGGACGCGUACGCACUACCAAACCUGGAAGAAUCCUUCUCAGCUCUCACUGGUUCACGUUGGUUCAGCGUCCUCGAUCUGAAGUCAGGAUAUUACCAAAUCGAAAUGGCAGAGGCUGAUAAACCCAAAACAGCAUUCGUGACUCCGCUAGGCUUUUGGGAAUUCAACCGGAUGCCACAGGGCGUAACCAACGCACCGAGCACUUUCCAAAGGCUUAUGGAGAGGUGUAUGGGCGACCUACAUCUAAAAGAAGUUCUUGUCUUCCUUGACGAUCUGAUUAUUUUCUCCAACACCCUCGAAGAACACGAAAGUCGUCUGUUGAGAGUACUCCAGCGCUUGAAAAACUAUGGCCUCAAAUUGUCACCAGAGAAGUGCAAGUUCUUCCAAACCUCUGUGCGCUAUCUCGGCCAUAUCGUCUCGGAGCAGGGUGUGGAGACAGACCCCGAGAAGAUCAAUGCCCUGAAGUCCUGGCCAGUUCCGCGGACCCUCAAGGAAUUGAGGUCCUUCCUAGGCUUUGCGGGAUACUACCGCAGAUUUAUCCAUGGCUAUGCCGCCAUCGCCAAGCCCUUGAACGAUCUGACUAGGGGGUACACCCCAACCCGUCGCCAAAGCCGUAAAUCCUCUCCCAAGCCUUGCCUCGACGCCAAACAACCAUUUAAUGACCGGUGGACAACAGAAUGCCAACACUCCUUUGAAACAUUGAUCGAUCAACUCACAACAGCCCCAGUACUUGGAUUUGCAAAUCCAAAGGAACCUUACAUCCUGCACACAGAUGCCAGCACGACAGGUCUUGGAGCUGCACUGUAUCAAGAGCAGGAUGGAAAGCUACGGGUGAUAGCAUACGCUAGUCGGGGACUGUCCACGAGUGAAACCAGAUAUCCGGCACAUAAACUGGAAUUCUUAGCUCUAAAAUGGAGUGUAACUGAGAAAUUUCAUGAUUACCUCUAUGGCUCGAAGUUCACCGUCAUCACUGAUAACAACCCAUUAACUUACAUUCUGACAUCUGCUAAACUUGAUGCUGCCAGCCAUAGGUGGCUUGCUGCAUUGUCAACAUACGAUUUCAAGCUACAGUACCGAGCAGGAAAUCAGAACAAGGAUGCCGACGCACUCUCCCGUCGUCCACAUCUCCAGCCAGCUGACGCCCACAGUCAAAAAGAAUGGGACCUGGUCCAACAGUUCACCCGUGACCACGUUGACCCUGACAACCCAGUCCACCUUCCUCCAGAUGUGGUGGCCGCCGUUUGUCACAGCUCACUGCUAAGAACUUCAAGUCCUGAAGCUCCCCCAGAGAGCUGCAUUGCCCUGGUGGAAUCACUAAGCAUGUCUGUCAACGUCAUCCCAGACAACUUCGCCAACGAGUCCCACCAGGGAUUACCAGUGGUGCCAUCUUUAUCUCACCUCGACCUCAGAGAAAAGCAGAGAGCAGAUCCCAGUCUACGAGAGGUGAUUUACCAGCUUGAGACUGGUGAAAAAGUCCCCCCGACUGUUCGGACAGAGUUGCCAGAUGUCGCCCUAUUGCUGAGGGACUUGAACCGUCUGGAACUCCAAGAUGAUCUCCUAUACCGGAGAAGGCAAGAUGGAGAAAAUAUAACUUUCCAACUCGUGCUGCCAGAGGAGCUGCGCCCAGUGGUCCUUACCAGUCUCCAUGAUGAUAUGGGCCACAUGGGGGUGGAAAGAACGCUUGACCUUGUGAGAUCCCGGUUCUUCUGGCCACGCAUGGCAGCAGAUGUUGACACCAAGAUUAAGACAUGCAACCGCUGCAUUCGACGGAAAGCACUUCCUGAAAGAGCUGCACCUCUGAUAAACAUCAAGACCAGUCGGCCCCUGGAACUGCUGUGCAUGGACUAUCUCACGCUUGAGCCCGAUCGAAGUAACACAAAAGACAUUCUCGUUCUCACAGACCAUUUCACCAAAUACGCCGUGGCCAUUCCAACUGCCAACCAAAAGGCGAAGACUGUUGCUAAAUGUCUGUGGGAGAACUUCAUCGUGCACUAUGGCAUCCCCGAACGCCUGCACACCGAUCAAGGGCCAGAUUUCGAAUCCCAUCUAAUCAAAGAACUCUGUGACAUUGCAGGUAUCGAGAAGACCCGAACCACACCAUACCAUCCUCGUGGUAACCCCGUCGAGAGGUUCAAUCGAACGCUGCUCAGCAUGUUGGGUACUCUGGAGCCCGAACAGAAGAAAAGAUGGAAGGAGUAUGUAAAGCCGCUGGUCCACGCAUACAACUGUACCAGAAACGAAGUAACGGGCUACACUCCCUACGAGCUCAUGUUUGGACGCUCUCCAAGGCUACCUGUCGACCUCGCCUUUGGCCUUCCAGCUCGAGGUGCACCAUUAACCUCUCACUCGCAGUAUGUGCAGAAUCUCCGCUCUCGCCUGGAAGAAAGUUACCAACUUGCGUCCAAAAAUGCAGCAAAAUCAGCCGAACGAAACAAAACUCGUUUUGAUCAACGCAUCAAACCAUCCGCCUUGGAAGAAGGAGAUCGAGUACUCGUCCGGAACGUACGACUCCGUGGCAAACACAAAUUAGAAGACAAAUGGGAGAAGGACAUUUACGUUGUUGUCAAACGUGCUGGUGACCUCCCUGUUUAUACUGUGCGACCUGAAACUGAUUCAUCUGGACGUACCCGAACUCUCCAUCGUGACCUCCUACUUCCAUGUGGUUUCUUACCUGAAAGCCAAGAACCUGAACCGCCACCCAUUACAACUGCACGCAGACCUCAAACCCGAAGUCUACAGAAACCAGUUGUGGAUCCAGAAGAAUGUUCGAGUGAAGAAGAGGAGUGGAUUUCUCCUCGAGUUUCAAUUUCACAGCCAGUGAAGUUCAACGUUGAAAACACCGUUCCUAUCACAUCCUCAACCAGUCGUGAUGCAGUCCUACUGNCUUCAUGUGUAACCCAGGUGAUUAAAUCCUGUCAAAACAUCUCUCUCUCUCCAUCUACACCUGUGUCUCCUAUCUCCCACUAUGGGACGUUAAAACUCGCGGUGUUUGGCGUGUUCUCGCGGGAUCUCCGCGUCACCAAAUCACGUGGGUCCGCCAGACCAAUCGUCAUCAUGCUCUCGGUGACGUCAUUCAAUCACGUGACGCUGCGCGCGCCAAUCGCGGGCGCUUAUGAUGCCGCUGAGAUUCAGUGCGUGUUAGGUGCUGUUGGGGGCUGGAUGAGAGUCGAGCUGCAGGAGCCUUCUACCGAGUCCAAACCCGCGUCAAAAAGCGCAUAUGAACGGCGUAGUCCGCGGAAACUGGCCAGAUUGUUAACGUAUCGAUGGCGAGCUAAAAGGAGCAGGCCCCGAGCCUACAGAGCCUACAGAGCCUACAGAGCCUACAGAGCCUACAGAACCUACAGAAGUAUUGCAGAGUCGCACCUCUCCUGCCGGGCCGGACAGGGCUAUGCGGAGGUCCUCAAGGGUGUCAUGUCUCUGCUGGGCCAGUCCAUCACCGAGCUUAGCCCAACACCACCAGUGAAGACUCUGCCAGAAGUGAGUGCCAGUGUGAUGUCAUCACCACCCGGGGUCACACCUCCAGACCAACUCGAUGCUGCCACCUACAGCCUACCAGGUGCAACAGCCCCCAUACCAGAUGUAAAGGAGGAAUUGCCACAGCCCCAAACACCACCAGAUCCUGCUGCUCAACACACAUCCAUGCCAAGACCGUCACUUCCAGCUAUGUCUCUUCCUGACCUGAACCCACCUGGGGUCCAACGAGGCUCCGAUCCUUUUCCGGCCGCAUUCCAAGACCCCAACACGAAACCGACUUUGAAACUUGGCGUUCUGGUGUCGACCUACUGCUACGAGAUCCAGCAGUUUCAGAUCUACAACGCUCAAGAAAAAUUGUCGAAAAUCCUCGACUCUGCUUACGGAACCGUCCAAGAUGGUGAUGAACUGUAUGCCAAAUUCAUGGAAAUGUUUCAAGACGCUGGUGAGAAGCCCUCUGCAUACUUGCAACGCUUGCAGGUUGCGCUCAACUUAACUUUGAAGAGAGGAGGGGUCUCAGCCACAGAUUUAGAUCGCCAUCUACUCAAUCAGUUUUGUCGGGGCUGCUGGGACAACACACUCAUAUCAGAACUCCAAUUAAAACAACGCAAAUCCCACCCACCAUCCUUUGCUGAGUUUUUACUGUUACUACGAACUGAAGAAGACAGAGAGGCCGCUAAGACCCAACGUAUGAAGCAGCACCUCGGCUCAAAAGCCAGAGCCGGAGCGCAUGCCCAAUACGCUCAUGCUACAUCUGAAGAAUCCAAAGUCGAUGCACUGACUACCAUCACACAGCAGCUCGCCCAACAGCUAGCAGACAUACAAAAGCAGUUGGCGUCCCUCACUGCUGCCCAGUCCGGCCAGAAGCAGCCUCCUCCGUCCAAACCCACUCACGUCAGCAAACUUGGUGAAAGCUUGAAAUCCAGCAAACAAUACCGUUCCUCCCACAAAUCUCCAACUGCAGGUCCAAAGCCAGGCUACUGUUACAACUGUGGUGAAGACGGACACAUAAAGACACAUUGUGAUAAUGAACCCAACCCAGCACUUGUAGCCAUGAAAAAGAAGCAACUCAUCUUUAAACUAGUGCAAGUUCCUGUUGAGGGGCAAACAGGAGCUGUUGAGGACCAACCACGUCCCACAAAGCAACCACGAGUGAAAUGCAACACCAAGUCACAUGUCACAUCAACAGAAACCACCCGUCUGCCUAGAGGCUUAAUCGGAUCCAAAUGCACAGGCCAAGUAACCAUUGCUGGACAAGAUUUCCACUGCUUACUGGACACCGGAUCUCAAGUAACCACCAUACCCAUUUCUGUCUACAAUCAACAUUUCUCACAUCAACCCGUGAAGCCAUUGUGUGAGUUGUUACAAGUAGAAGGAGCCGCCGGACAAGAAGUUCCAUAUCUGGGCUAUAUCGAAAUGACAAUCACCUUCCCAAAAGAGUUCAUUGGUGAAGACUUGGACGUAUGCACCCUGGCGCUGGUAGUCCCGGAUGUCAAACCCGGAUUCUACUCCCCAGUCCUAAUUGGGAUGAACACCCUGGAGCCAUUGUUGUAUGAACAGCGCCUGGAGAGUGAAUGUGCCAGCUACCAACCAUCUCAGCACGGCUACAGAGCAGUCAUACAGUUACUCCAGCUGCGGCACCAGCAGACCCAAAGAGCCAGCGAUGGUGUUGUGCGAUUGGCCAGUAAAUCCCCAGUCCAAAUUCCAGCAGGCCACACCCUGGUUGUUGAAGGGUCCAUCCAUGCCAGUCCACCACCUGUCUGCAAAUAUGCUCUAAUCGAACAACCAGCCACGCCACUGCCUGGAGGCCUCUGUGUAAAAAGCUGCCUAGUAACACUGCCCAGCCACUCUUCACACAAGAUUCCAAUCUUCAUCACCAAUGAAUCAAAACAGACCAUCACACUCCAGCCACUGAGUGUCAUCUCUGAACUCACAAUGUCACCCCAGAUCCUAUCACACUCCGUUUCCACUAAUACACAGCCAAAAGAAGUCAAGUUGGAGUUUGACUUUGGAGACUCUCCAAUUCCUCCAGAGUGGAAAGCCAGAAUCAUCUCCAAGCUUGAACAAAUCCCUGACGUUUUCUCCCACCACGACUUGGACUUCGGACGCACCGACCGUGUCAGACAUCACAUCCGCCUCCAUGACGACACUCCCUUCAAACACCGAGCUCGUCCCAUCCACCCUCGUGACAUCGAGGCAGUCCGUGACCAUCUGCGGGACCUGUUGGAGACAGGGGUAAUACGUGAGUCGGAGUCCCCCUUUUCAUCACCAAUCGUGGUCGUCCGGAAGAAGAACGGAGACGUGAGGCUGUGUAUUGAUUACCGGAAACUCAACCUCCACACCAUCAAGGACGCGUACGCACUACCAAACCUGGAAGAAUCCUUCUCAGCUCUCACUGGUUCACGUUGGUUCAGCGUCCUCGAUCUGAAGUCAGGAUAUUACCAAAUCGAAAUGGCAGAGGCUGAUAAACCCAAAACAGCAUUCGUGACUCCGCUAGGCUUUUGGGAAUUCAACCGGAUGCCACAGGGCGUAACCAACGCACCGAGCACUUUCCAAAGGCUUAUGGAGAGGUGUAUGGGCGACCUACAUCUAAAAGAAGUUCUUGUCUUCCUUGACGAUCUGAUUAUUUUCUCCAACACCCUCGAAGAACACGAAAGUCGUCUGUUGAGAGUACUCCAGCGCUUGAAAAACUAUGGCCUCAAAUUGUCACCAGAGAAGUGCAAGUUCUUCCAAACCUCUGUGCGCUAUCUCGGCCAUAUCGUCUCGGAGCAGGGUGUGGAGACAGACCCCGAGAAGAUCAAUGCCCUGAAGUCCUGGCCAGUUCCGCGGACCCUCAAGGAAUUGAGGUCCUUCCUAGGCUUUGCGGGAUACUACCGCAGAUUUAUCCAUGGCUAUGCCGCCAUCGCCAAGCCCUUGAACGAUCUGACUAGGGGGUACACCCCAACCCGUCGCCAAAGCCGUAAAUCCUCUCCCAAGCCUUGCCUCGACGCCAAACAACCAUUUAAUGACCGGUGGACAACAGAAUGCCAACACUCCUUUGAAACAUUGAUCGAUCAACUCACAACAGCCCCAGUACUUGGAUUUGCAAAUCCAAAGGAACCUUACAUCCUGCACACAGAUGCCAGCACGACAGGUCUUGGAGCUGCACUGUAUCAAGAGCAGGAUGGAAAGCUACGGGUGAUAGCAUACGCUAGUCGGGGACUGUCCACGAGUGAAACCAGAUAUCCGGCACAUAAACUGGAAUUCUUAGCUCUAAAAUGGAGUGUAACUGAGAAAUUUCAUGAUUACCUCUAUGGCUCGAAGUUCACCGUCAUCACUGAUAACAACCCAUUAACUUACAUUCUGACAUCUGCUAAACUUGAUGCUGCCAGCCAUAGGUGGCUUGCUGCAUUGUCAACAUACGAUUUCAAGCUACAGUACCGAGCAGGAAAUCAGAACAAGGAUGCCGACGCACUCUCCCGUCGUCCACAUCUCCAGCCAGCUGACGCCCACAGUCAAAAAGAAUGGGACCUGGUCCAACAGUUCACCCGUGACCACGUUGACCCUGACAACCCAGUCCACCUUCCUCCAGAUGUGGUGGCCGCCGUUUGUCACAGCUCACUGCUAAGAACUUCAAGUCCUGAAGCUCCCCCAGAGAGCUGCAUUGCCCUGGUGGAAUCACUAAGCAUGUCUGUCAACGUCAUCCCAGACAACUUCGCCAACGAGUCCCACCAGGGAUUACCAGUGGUGCCAUCUUUAUCUCACCUCGACCUCAGAGAAAAGCAGAGAGCAGAUCCCAGUCUACGAGAGGUGAUUUACCAGCUUGAGACUGGUGAAAAAGUCCCCCCGACUGUUCGGACAGAGUUGCCAGAUGUCGCCCUAUUGCUGAGGGACUUGAACCGUCUGGAACUCCAAGAUGAUCUCCUAUACCGGAGAAGGCAAGAUGGAGAAAAUAUAACUUUCCAACUCGUGCUGCCAGAGGAGCUGCGCCCAGUGGUCCUUACCAGUCUCCAUGAUGAUAUGGGCCACAUGGGGGUGGAAAGAACGCUUGACCUUGUGAGAUCCCGGUUCUUCUGGCCACGCAUGGCAGCAGAUGUUGACACCAAGAUUAAGACAUGCAACCGCUGCAUUCGACGGAAAGCACUUCCUGAAAGAGCUGCACCUCUGAUAAACAUCAAGACCAGUCGGCCCCUGGAACUGCUGUGCAUGGACUAUCUCACGCUUGAGCCCGAUCGAAGUAACACAAAAGACAUUCUCGUUCUCACAGACCAUUUCACCAAAUACGCCGUGGCCAUUCCAACUGCCAACCAAAAGGCGAAGACUGUUGCUAAAUGUCUGUGGGAGAACUUCAUCGUGCACUAUGGCAUCCCCGAACGCCUGCACACCGAUCAAGGGCCAGAUUUCGAAUCCCAUCUAAUCAAAGAACUCUGUGACAUUGCAGGUAUCGAGAAGACCCGAACCACACCAUACCAUCCUCGUGGUAACCCCGUCGAGAGGUUCAAUCGAACGCUGCUCAGCAUGUUGGGUACUCUGGAGCCCGAACAGAAGAAAAGAUGGAAGGAGUAUGUAAAGCCGCUGGUCCACGCAUACAACUGUACCAGAAACGAAGUAACGGGCUACACUCCCUACGAAGCU